AUGCUCAAAUACAUACCAAAGUAUGCAAAGAAAGAUUCGAAACAAUAUCAUGGUCAAUUAGAAACAGGCGAUAAGAAUUCAGAAAAUUCUAAAUUCUUCAAUGGCACAAGUUAUAUCAAUCAGCUCUCGAAGAAUGGCACUGAUGUUUCUAACAUCUCAUUCGAACCAGGAAUCAGAAACAAUUGGCAUGUCAACCAUGGCUUUGGAGAAACAUUACUUUGUACAAGUGGCUUCGGCUGGUACCAAGAAGAAGGCAAAGAACCAAGAUUCUUGCGUUCAGGUGACGUGGUUGAAAUCUUACCAGAUGUCAAACAUUGGGAAGGAUCUAUGAAAGAGACGUGGUUCACAUACAUAUCCAUCAAGCCAAUUGCACCAAACUCAACAACAGAAUGGCUUGAACCGGUUUCCGAUGAAAUCUACAACAAUUUAAUUCCAAAAUAA